UUGUACUGAUUAUUUAUUCUAAUUGUACCGAAGGGGAGGUGUUUGUUUGGGUUACCCGCAUGAUGAAACCCGAACCGAAUUCACCAACCCGAAAAAGCAAAAGAUGAGUGAGCCAAGGAGCAACGAAUUGGGUGCGAGCUUCUACACGGGAGAUAACCCUAGGAACUCAUUGUCUGGGCAAUCCACGUUUCAAUCCAACGGUGAAAUCCAUCAUUUCAUAUUGAGGCUUGUAUUCCUUUCUGCAUCGGAUCAGAGAAUCAUCGCCUCUCAAAUUAUCUUUGGAUGUCUCUCAGAAACUGUUGAUUCCAUGGAUUUAGAUAAGGAAGUUGGGACAGUAGACAGCUCUGUAGAAGAAAAGACAGCCGAACAAGAAGUAAGAGAAAUCGUAGAGCCCUAUGUGGGUAUGGAAUUUGAAUCUGAAGAUGAUGCUAGGAAAUUCUACGUAGAGUAUGCCAGACAGGUAGGAUUUGUGGUGCGCAUUAUGCAGCGCCGUCGUUCAGGAAUUGAUGGAAGAACUCUUGCUCGCCGUCUAGGAUGUAACAAACAAGGCUUCUCUCCUAAUCAUAAGGGCACAUUUGGACCAGACAAGAAGCCUCGCCCUAGCGCACGAGAAGGUUGCAAAGCUACUAUCUUGGUAAAGAUGGAAAAGACUGGAAAAUGGGUUGUUACGAGAUUUGUAAAGGAGCAUAAUCAUCCUCUUAUUGCCACGGCCAAUGGAUUCAGUACUACGGGUGAUAAGGACAAGAAAAUUGAAGAACUCACUAUGGAGUUAGCACAUCAAGAGCAAUUAUGUUCAGCUUAUCGAGAAAAGUUGUUCACUUUUAUGAAUAACGUAGAGGAGCAAACAGAAGAACUAUCUUCAAAAAUUCAAGUUAUUGUUGACAAUGUUAGGAAGCUUGAAUCUGAAACGCAGAGAUUCUCCCACCAUAGAUAUCGGAAAAUGGUUAUACUCUUAGAAGGAGAAAACCUUUUUGCCCGUAUUAGGAGCACCCUCUUGGAAGCUGCAGCUAGAAACCAGAGACCUGCUGCCAAACAGCUGAAAUGGUCAUUAUUGGUGGACAGGACUAUGUGUAUAAUGGAGAGCUCAUCUAGUCAAGGGAUUGAUUCAGAUGAAAGUGCAAGGUGUUUGCAAGUUGAAAACUUUGAUGAGCAGGAAUUGGUUGAUCAUGAGCUUUCAGACAACAUUGAUUUAUGCAUGGGAGAAGUUGACAAGAUUAUAGAAGAGUCCACUGAGAGUUUACCGUUGUUAAGCAAUGCUGUGGAACCAUGUAUUGGCAUGGAGUUCAAGUCAAGAGAUGCUGCAAGGGAAUUUUAUGUUGUUUAUGGCAGACGCACUGGUUUUACAGUGCGAAUCCAUCAUAAUCGACGAUCACGAAUAAACAAUAUGGUAAUUGGUCAGGAUUUUGUUUGUUCAAAAGAAGGUUUUCGUGAAAAGAAAUAUAUGUACAGAAAAGACAGGGUUCUUCCUCCCCCACCUAUCACUCGAGAAGGCUGCCCUGCGAUGCUGAGGUUGGCUUUAAGGGAUGGGGUAAAAUGGGUUGUUACCAAAUUUGUAAAGGAGCAUAAUCACUCAUUCAUGUCACCAGGAAAGGUACCAUGGCGCGGGUCUGCCAAAAAUUUGAUCAGUGAGGAUGAGAAGGAUCAGAGAAUACGGGAACUAACCCAAGAGCUGAACAAUGAAAAACAAAAAUGUAAAAGGCGGUGUGCGGCUUACCAGGAACAAUUACGCACAAUAUUGAAAUUUGUUGAGGAACAUACUGAUCAAUUAUCAAAAAGAGUUCAAGAUAUAGUCGAGAACAUAAGAGAACUUGAAGAUGCCCAGCUGGAAGAUUCAGAUUGCAGCUAUGUUUAGUCUAUCUUCCGGCUAGGCAUAAAUAUGUCUGAUACAUUGUACAAUUCCUUUUUCCACCCUCGUUUGGAUUUACCCUAUGGUGAUUAUACUAGUGCAAAUAUAAGUUAAUUUGGACCAUUCCCUGCACACUUGAUUUUAUAUUGCAAGGCCUUUUGUGGGGACUGUAAAGCGCAAAAUGUGCAAAAGAGAACAUCAAGACUAGAAUUCUAUUUA